AUGCCUCCAACUGAAGCUAUUUCUACUAACAAUAUUUAUCAUGAUUACUCUAAAACUUUGGGGAGAGGAUAUAUAAAUGUACGUGUCACGACAAUGGAUGCAGAGCUUGAAUUUGCCAUUCAAACAUCAAUUACUGGAAAACAAUUGUUUGAUCAAGUUGUUAAAACAAUUGGCCUUCGUGAAGUAUGGUACUUUGGUUUACAAUAUAUUGAUAACAAAGGUUUUCCAACAUGGUUAAAAUUAAAUAAAAAAGUUACAUCUCAAGAUAUUGGAAAGGAACAACCACUAAAUUUUAAAUUUAGGGCAAAAUUCUUUCCAGAAGAUGCAUCUGAAGAGUUAAUUCAAGAUAUAACUAUUAGACUUUUUUAUCUUCAAGUUAAAGAUUCAAUCUUGAGUGAUGAUAUUUAUUGUUCUCCGGAGUCAUCUGUACUUCUUGCUUCAUAUGCAAUGCAAGCAAAAUAUGGUGAUUAUGAUAGUAGUUAUCAUACAUCAGGUUUUCUUUCUAAUGAUAGGUUAUUACCACAACGUGUUCUUGGUCAAUUUAAACUUAAUGCUGAAGAUUGGGAAAAACGUAUAAUGGUAUGGUGGGCUGAUCAUCGUGGAAUGAGUAAAGAAACAGCAAUGAUGGAAUACUUAAAACUUGCUCAAGAUCUUGAAAUGUAUGGUGUUAACUUUUUUGAGAUAAAAAAUAAAAAAGGAACAGAAUUAUAUCUUGGUGUUGAUGCUCUUGGUUUAAAUAUUUAUGAUAAAUCUGAUAAGUUAUCUCCACGUGUUGGUUUUCCAUGGUCUGAGAUAAGAAACAUAUCAUUUAAUGACAAAAAAUUUGUUAUUAAACCUAUUGAUAAGAAAGCAACAGAUUUUAUAUUUUACGCUCCUCGCCUUCGUAUUAAUAAAAGAAUCUUAGCUUUAUGUAUGGGAAAUCAUGAACUUUAUAUGAGAAGAAGAAAACCUGAUACAAUUGAAAUUCAACAAAUGAGAAGUCAAGCUGCUGAAGAGAAAAAAUUAAGAAUGCUUGAACUUGAAAGGUUGUCUAAAGAGGUUGAUGCUAGAGAACGUGCUGAACAAAAACAACGUGAAGCAGAGGAAGAGAUAAGACGAAUGGUUGAAGUUGUAAAUAGAACAAAAGAAGAAUUGAAUAUAAUGCAUGAAAAAUAUAGACAAUUGGAGGUGCAAUAUGAUGAAUUAAAUAAAGCUAAGGCAUUACUUGAAGGAAAAGAAAGAGAAAUGGAGGAGUUAAAUGAAAAAUUGUUAUCUCAAAAACAAAUGACUGAAGAAGAAAAAAAUAUGCUUAUUCGUGAAAUUCAUUUACGUGAGACACAAGUUAUGGAAAUGAGACAAAUAGUAGAGGCAAAAACAUCUGAGGCAAAUCGCUUACAGACAGAUCUCGAUGCCAUAAAAACACCAACAACAAAUUCACAACAUUUUAUUAGAGAAAUUGAUGAAGAAUCUUCUGAUGCUCAUAUGGAAUUAAUUGUUGAUGAAGGUGUUAAUAUGUCUGCUGUUCAUAAUGAGUUAGAUCGUGAGGCUCAUGUUUCAAUUAAAGAAAAAUUAGCUAUGUUAACAGAAGAGUUAGAUCCACUUAAGGAUAAAGGGCAUAUGACAGAUUUUGACUUGCUUCAUCAGGAAAAUAGACGAGCAGGAAGAGACAAAUAUAAAACAUUAAGACAAAUUCGUGGAGGAAAUACAAAAAGAAGAAUUGACCAAUAUGAAAAUAUGUAA